UCUGUGGCUCGGAGACAUUCCCAGGGAUUUACAUAAAGCAGCGUGAAUCACCCAGACAGAAACUGAGAAAGCAAAGGGACCCUGCCUGAUCCUAGCCUGGCGGAGCUCGGAGAGAGGUGGAAAUCUGUCUGAAGUUUGCAGGAGACCCGCGCUGCCUAGGCGAAGGGACCUGGCGACCACGACACCCCCGCGAGGGCCCAGGGCGCGUCCCUUCCGCCAGGCCCCAGACUCCGGCUCUGCGCCACCCCCUCCUACGCCCCGGCGCGGCAGCCAGUCCGGCUUCUUCCAGGCCCCUAAGUCCCGGACCGAGUGUGGGGCCGCCUCUCCCUCGCGGAAGGAGCCAUCGCCGCUUUAAGUGGAAGAGGAGAGGAAGGGGGCGGGGGAGUGGGGGGCGGGGAGCGGAGGAGGGGGAGGGGGAUCCCCCUCGCUCCCACGUGGUCCGGGCGCCUGUGAAUCGCGCCCACCGGAGGGUCUCACAGCGAAAUACAAAAGCAGCUGGGAAGCGGCGGGGACUCGAGUUCCCAGCGCCGGGCGGAGCGCCGGACAGAGCCCCGCAGCGCCCCGCGGCCGCGAUGGGGCCGAAGCGCCCGAAGCUCCGGAGCACACAAACUGCCGGGCCCGCCUCGCCGCCGGGACCCGGGUGCCUGGGCUCGGCUUGAAGCGGCGGCGGCGCACCGGCACAGCCGCGGGAGCAUGGGCAGGAGGAUGCGGGGCGCCGCCGCCACCGCGGGGCUCUGGCUGCUGGCGCUGGGCUCGCUGCUGGCGCUGUGGGGAGGGCUCCUGCCGCCGCGGACCGAGCUGCCCGCCUCCCGGCCGCCGGAAGACCGACUCCCACGGCGCCCGGCCCGGAGCGGCGGCCCCGCGCCCGCGCCUCGCUUCCCUCUGCCCCCGCCCCUGGCGUGGGACGCCCGCGGCGGCUCCCUGAAAACUUUCCGGGCGCUGCUCACCCUGGCGGCCGGCGCGGACGGCCCGCCCCGGCAGUCCCCGAGCGAGCGCAGGUGGCACGUGCCAGCCAGGCAGCCCCGGCAGGAGGAGAGCGCCGCGGUGCACGGGGGCGUGUUCUGGAGCCGCGGCCUGGAGGAGCAGGUGCCCCGGGGCUUUUCGGAGGCCCAGGCGGCGGCGUGGCUGGAGGCGGCUCGCGGCGCCCGGGUGGUGGCCCUGGAGCGCGGGGGUUGCGGGCGCAGCUCCAACCGACUGGCCCGUUUUGCCGACGGCACCCGCGCCUGCGUGCGCUACGGCAUCAACCCGGAGCAGAUUCAGGGCGAGGCCCUGUCCUACUACCUGGCGCGCCUGCUGGGUCUCCAGCGCCACGUGCCGCCGCUGGCACUGGCUCGGGUGGAGGCUCGGGGCGCGCAGUGGGCGCAGGUGCAGGAGGAGCUGCGCGCUGCGCACUGGACCGAGGGCAGCGUGGUGAGCCUGACACGCUGGCUGCCCAACCUCACGGAUGUGGUGGUGCCCGCGCCCUGGCGCUCGGAGGACGGCCGUCUGCGCCCCCUCCGGGAUGCCGGGGGUGAGCUGGCCAACCUCAGCCAGGCGGAGCUGGUGGACCUAGUACAAUGGACCGACUUAAUCCUCUUCGACUACCUGACGGCCAACUUCGACCGGCUCGUGAGCAACCUCUUCAGCCUGCAGUGGGACCCGCGCGUUAUGCAGCGUGCCACCAGCAACCUGCACCGCGGUCCAGGCGGGGCGCUGGUCUUUCUGGACAAUGAGGCGGGCUUGGUGCACGGCUACCGGGUGGCAGGCAUGUGGGACAAGUAUAACGAGCCGCUGUUGCAGUCAGUGUGCGUGUUCCGCGAGCGGACAGCGCGGCGCGUCCUGGAGCUGCACCGCGGACAGGACGCCGCGGCCCGGCUGCUGCGCCUCUACCGGCGCCACGAGCCUCGCUUCCCCGAGCUGGCCGCCCUUGCCGACCCCCACGCUCAGCUGCUACAGCGCCGCCUCGACUUCCUCGCCAAGCACAUUUUGCACUGUAAGGCCAAGUACGGCCGCCGGUCUGGGACUUAGUGUCACCGGGAGGAAAAGAGAGAGACCUGGGGCUGGGGUAUGGAUGAUGGGGGGAAGGGCCGUCGCCUCUGCCACUGUCGGGGACCAGCCGGCCAACGCCCACCCGCAAAGGUGUCUGAAAACUUCAGCUCUUCACCCACCUGCCCCUUUCUUUCAGUCCCACGCUGUUUCCUUUCAAAGUUCUGGGAGGACGAACUCACCGAGGCGAGAAGUGUAACAUUCUCUCCACCCAGCUUAUAAAAGGAUUCUUUACUGUGCCAGCAUGGGGAUUGGAUCCGAAGAAACUGGCUACUGGGGUUUGGCCCCCGAGUGGCCGUCCCUGUGGGAGAUGCACCCCAUUCUUGGGCCCCCCUCAUUCCCUUUCCGAAAAAGGAAAACUUGCGUUUGAGCCGUUGAGCUAAUUCUGCAAUUUUCUACCAAACACAGCGCUGGUGGCCCCGGAGCAGGGCUGUGACAUUGGCUGGUGGAGCCCCCUUCCUGUGUUCUCCCUUUGUUCCAGCGCCGCGAUGGUGAGAUCACUGUUCCAAGCAGGGGGACGGCUCCUGAUAGGACAAAGAGAGCAGGACCUCCAGACUCUGGGGAGCCCUGCAGACCUUGACAAUUUGCCUGACUCAUUCCUGACCUCUUGUCAUUUUGGCCUGAAGUCUACAAAUUCAGGGCCAGCUGUAUGCACUAAGUCAAAUAAUGUAUUUCUUCCUCCCUCUCGCAACCGACCAAAAUUUUGACAAUGAUGAUGUUCACCAGAAGGAAAAAAAAAAUCAGUUUUAUGCACUUUAUUUUGUUUUGAUUUUAAUUUUUUAUUAAGAAAAACUUUUUUAUUUUACAGAAUUUACCUUCUCUGUAUAUAUGUGCAUAAAGUGUGGUGUAAAUAUACUAAACAAACUUAUAUUUCAAUAAAAGGGAGUUUAAAAUUUAUAAUU